UAUUUGCAUCCAGUAUUGUUCUGAUCUUGUCACAGCGAUCACUUUUCAAGUUUUACAUGUACAGCUCAGCCUUCCUAUUAGCUGCGACUUCAGUGUUGGUGAACUAUUACGCUGCUUUGCACAUUGAUUUCUAUGGUGCCUACAACACUUCGGCCUUUGGAAUUGAGCUGCUUCCUCAGAAAGGGCCCUCGCUAUGGAUGGCACUCAUUGUUCUACAGCUAACGUUUGGAAUUGGAUACAUCACACUGCUCCAGAUUCAUUCCAUCUAUUCACAGUUAAUUGUUUUGGAUCUUUUGGUUCCUAUAAUAGGCUUAAUCACAGAGCUACCAUUACACAUCAGGGAGACAUUAGUUUUUACCUCUUCCUUGAUUCUCAUAUUAAAUACAAUACUUGUCUUGGCAGUGAAACUUAGGUGGUUUUAUUAUUCCACACGCUAUGUUUAUCUUUUAGUGAGGCACAUGUAUCGAAUUUAUGGAUUACAGUUAUUGAUGGAGGACACAUGGAAGAGGAUUCGUUUUCCAGAUAUACUUCGAGUCUUCUGGCUAACAAGAAUUACAGCGCAAGCUACAGUGCUAAUGUAUAUUCUAAGGAUGGCAAAUGAAACUGAGUCCUUCCUUAUUUCUUGGGAUGAUUUCUGGGACAUCAUUUGCAAUCUUAUAAUUAGUGGAUGUGAUUCUACACUGACUGUACUGGGCAUGAGUGCUGUAAUUUCCUCAGUAGCCCAUUAUUUGGGGCUUGGAAUAUUGGCCUUUAUUGGGUCAACUGAAGAAGAUGACAGGCGGCUUGGCUUUGUAGCACCUGUUUUAUUUUUUAUUUUGGCUCUUCAGACUGGCUUAAGUGGGCUAAGGCCAGAAGAGAGACUUAUUCGCUUAAGUAGAAAUAUGUGCCUUUUGUUAACUGCCGUCCUGCAUUUCAUCCAUGGGAUGACAGACCCUGUGUUAAUGUCUCUCAGUGCCUCCCAUGUUUCAUCUUUUCGUAGACAUUUUCCUGUGCUUUUUGUCUCUGCUUGCCUGUUCAUUCUUCCUGUUUUACUUAGCUAUGUUCUUUGGCAUCACUAUGCACUAAAUACAUGGCUGUUUGCAGUUACUGCCUUCUGUGUGGAACUCUGCUUAAAAGUAAUUGUUUCCCUCACUGUUUAUACACUAUUCAUGAUUGAUGGCUACUAUAAUGUCCUCUGGGAAAAGCUUGAUGAUUAUGUCUACUAUGUCCGUUCAACCGGCAAUAUUAUUGAAUUCAUAUUUGGAGUGGUCAUGUUUGGAAAUGGAGCUUAUACUAUGAUGUUUGAGUCAGGAAGUAAAAUUCGGGCUUGUAUGAUGUUCCUACAUGCAUAUUUUAACAUCUAUCUACAAGCAAAAAAUGGCUGGAAGACAUUCAUGAAUCGUAGAACUGCUGUUAAGAAAAUCAAUUCACUCCCUGAAGUAAAAGGGAGCCGCCUGCAAGAAAUAGAUGAUGUAUGUGCAAUCUGCUAUCAUGAGUUUACAACAUCUGCUCGUAUUACACCAUGUAAUCAUUAUUUCCACGCACUUUGUCUUCGGAAAUGGCUAUACAUUCAAGAUACUUGUCCAAUGUGCCAUCAGAAAGUUUAUAUUGAAGAUGAUGUUAAGAACGAUUCCAAUGUAUCUAACAACAAUGGAUUUAUUGCACCUAAUGAAAAUGAAAAUGAAAAUCCAGAGGAAGUAAGAGAAGAUGCUGCUGAAUCUGACAGGGAACUGAAUGAAAAUGACAGUACAGAUUGUGAUGAUGAUGUGCAAAGAGAAAGAAAUGGAGGGAUUCAGCACACAGGUGCAGCAGCUGAAGAAUUUAAUGACACUAAUUAAAAUACAUUUACUAAUCACUGAGGGUAUUUGUUUAAAAUUGAGUUCAUCCAAAAUGGAGUAAUAUGCUUCACAUCGGUGUGUAACCAAGCACAAAAAACAGUAUCAAUGUUGAAUCUGUGAAUGGUUUUCCGUUUACUGUGAUGUGCUACUGUAAAUAUACCUCUUUAAUUACUUCUGGUCUCUUUGGUGACCUAUUUAAAUUUGUGUACAUUAUUGUACAUAGAAUAAAAUGUUUUCAUGUUUUUAUGACAAAA